UCAACUACCGCCAUUGGUACUGUCUCUUCAAGUUCAAGCAGGUAUCCGCCCAUCAAUCUCUAUAAUAAAUUCUUCAUAUCAAUUGUGCUUUUCAAGUCAUCAAACUAUUUCAAUUUUUGUUUUAUAAUCUUUCCUUCGCUCCACGAAAGAGGCAAAAUUUUUCCAUGGAGUCUCAUUCUCAGUCUGAGUCUCAGUCUAACUCCAUCCAAGAUAUCUUCGAAUCCUCGCUAAAUCUAGAGGAUACCCAUUACGGUGAAGGCUAUAGUCAUGGUGUAGUUGCAGGAAAAGAGGAAGCUCGACAAGUGGGCCUCAAGACUGGUUUCGAGGUCGGCGAGGAACUUGGCUUCUAUCGGGGCUGUGUCGAUGUUUGGAACUCUGCCAUUCGGAUUGACCCGACUGCAUUAUCGACCCGGGUUCAGAAAUCCAUCAAGCAAAUGGAAGAGUUGAUUGAGAAAUACCCGCGGUUGGAUCCGGAGGAUGAGAGUGUGGAGGAGAUUAUGGAUAGUUAUGAGUAUAAAUGCGUACUUGUACCAUAUUGAAGAGGAGGAAUCAAAUAAUACAAUAACUCUCUCUCUCUUUCUCUCCUUCUCCCUCCGUUCUUCCUUUCCUUUCCUCUCCCCUUUCUUCUAUUUUCUUCUCCCAUUUCCUCUAUUUUCUAUCUAGUCAUGGCCUUGCCAUAAGAGAAAAGGGAAGAAAUUAUUAGAGGAGAAAAUAAAUUAAGUGAAAAUAAUAAAAAGGAAAAAUUAUAGAGAGAAGGAAAAUGAUUAGAGAAAAAAAUGGGAGAAACUAA